GUAAUUCACACUGACAUGUAUGUAAAUAGCAUUGGGCCAGUGAAUGCUAUUAAUAUGGAAUAUACAAUUGAUAUAUUUUUCGCCCAAACGUGGUAUGACAGACGUCUGAAGUUCAACAGCACUAUAAAAGUGCUCAGAUUAAACAGCAACAUGGUUGGGAAGAUCUGGAUACCAGAUACAUUUUUCCGAAAUUCCAAGAAAGCUGAUGCUCAUUGGAUAACAACUCCUAAUAGGAUGCUCAGGAUCUGGAAUGACGGCAGAGUGUUGUACACACUGAGGCUGACAAUUGAUGCUGAGUGUCAGCUACAGUUGCACAACUUCCCAAUGGAUGCCCAUUCCUGCCCCCUGGAAUUUUCAAGCUAUGGCUACCCAAGAGAAGAGAUUAUAUACCAAUGGAAGCGCAGCUCAGUGGAGGUGGGGGACACGAGAUCCUGGAGGCUUUACCAGUUCUCCUUUACGGGAUUAAGAAAUACAACUGAGGUAGUGAAGACCACAUCAGAGGACUCAAUACACUUUACCAUGUGUUCUAUGACAACUGGAGACUAUGUAGUCAUGUCUGUUUACUUUAACCUGAGCAGGAGAAUGGGUUAUUUCACUAUUCAGACCUACAUUCCCUGCACGCUUAUCGUUGUGCUGUCUUGGGUCUCUUUCUGGAUUAACAAGGAUGCAGUUCCAGCCAGAACAUCACUGGGCAUUACAACUGUCCUGACAAUGACCACCUUAAGUACAAUUGCUCGUAAAUCUCUUCCAAAAGUCUCCUAUGUGACGGCAAUGGAUCUUUUUGUAUCAGUCUGCUUUAUUUUUGUUUUCUCUGCGCUGGUGGAAUAUGGAACUUUGCACUACUUCGUCAGCAACAGAAAGCCAAGCAAGGAUAAAGACAAAAAGAAGAAAAAUCCACUUCUUCGGAUGUUUUCCUUCAAGGCACCUACAAUUGACAUCCGACCUCGAUCAGCUACUAUUCAAAUGAACAAUGCUACACACCUCCAAGAAAGGGACGAAGAAUACGGGUAUGAGUGUCUCGAUGGCAAGGACUGUGCUAGUUUUUUUUGCUGCUUUGAGGAUUGUCGAACAGGAGCAUGGAGACAUGGAAGAAUACAUAUCCGCAUUGCCAAAAUGGACUCCUAUGCCCGCAUCUUCUUCCCAACUGCCUUCUGUUUGUUUAACCUGGUGUAUUGGGUAUCAUAUCUUUACCUUUAAAUGCAAAAGGAAAUCAGUGAUAUGAGCCUU